AUGACCAACAUAUGGAACAUACGUCUUCGAGGACCUCAUGGGAAGCACGUAGUGCUCAAGGUUGAUUCAAAUACAAAUAUCAAGAUGUUUACAGACCAAGCAGUUAAGGAAUUGGGGUUUAAAGCAAACGAACGACUCAUUUUUCGUAGAGGUUUUCCACCUCGAGUGGUUGACGUGGAAGGCUCGAUGCUUGUAAAGAACGUGUUUGAAGCCAACGAGACGAUUAUUGUCGAUACAAGCUCUGACAAUACGGUUUCAGUUCAAACUACGUCUACCUUAUCAGCAAAAAAUGGUGUGAAAAAGUCAAAACGAACGGCUGUGAAGAAGACGGGUGUAAAAGUACCGAAAUAUGGAGUGCACACGCUGAAUGAACCGACUAGCACAAAGAAAAGGGAGCCGUUGAAACGAAAGAUUACUGGCGGUAAAACACGUAGCACUGGUGAAGUGCCUGGUACGAAAGAGACGAGAGAUACAAGUGAUAAUGAAGAUGAAGCGCAACGUAAACACCGACGAGGUUGUGCAAUUAACCUCACUUCCAUGGAGGAUGUGGAACUUAGUUUGGUUAAUGCUGUAAGUGGCCAAUCGAACGAUCGUGCAGCAACGUUUUACCGUGCUGCGACGAAGAAUGCAGUAGAACAUCAAUAUGAAUUGACACUUGCCACUGCUAGGCUCAAUGCAGCAUUGGGGCAUAAUUUCGAGAUGGAGGAAUUAACGACUAGCCGACAUGCUGAUGGUAGCAUUGCAAAGAUUCGAGUGCGCUUCAAAGAGACAUCGCGCAAGUGGAAGGAAGAGAUUGUAGAUCUAUUAAAGAGGGACGAACUUCAGGCUAUUGUAAAGUAUGUUUUGUUGUCAGGAGGCGAGACUGGGCGUGAGAUGCUGAAGCCGUUUAACAUGGCACAAGUUUCUACCAGAGUAUUUUGGAGUAUUGCACGUUUGUAUAAUGGAGAUGUGGCUGCCGGUUUGGUUGACCUUGUUCCUGAUGAAGAUUGGUCGUUCUUAGACACUCGUACACGAGUAAUGUCUAAAAAGGCCAAGGAAGCAAAGACCAACGAAGAGCAGUAUACCUUGUGGAAAAAGAGCUGUACUCAGGGAGGCAAGUCGUCUCCUCAAAAGCAAAUGACUCAGCAAGUAGCAAAUAACGAAUUACCUGCAGCUAAGAAGGAGCUAGAGGUGAUUCACGAGAACUUUAAUGUUGAACAAGAGGUCAAGAAAGAGGCUGCGAUGUCUAUGUGUACUCAGAUACCAGCCAUUUCAGUGAAGAAAGCGACUUCUAGCGCAGUGGCACAAGCAGCGCUAACUCGGCUCGACAAAAGCUUGCAGACAAGCGUCGUUGUAUCUGCGUUUCUUCAAGAGAAAAAGCCAACCACACAAUUCAGUACGAAGAAGCAAGUAGCACCCGCCGACGAAGAGGAAAUGGAGUCAGAGGAAAAAAUGGAAGAAGCUGUCACAGUCUAUUGUGAUUCUUGCAAAAAAGCACGUAUUCUUUCGCCCGAAGAAGCAGCUAAUGCUGAGCUGGACAAGGACCCGUGGACCUGCGCCAGCUUAGUGAAGACCGGGCGCGACGGCGAGUGCGAAGCUAUCGAUGAUGAAGUAGCCCAGAUUACGGGCGUUACCAUUGCUGAAUGGCUACGAAAGGUGGCUAUCACAACUCGGCGAGAAUUGGCAGACGCUACUGUGAAUUCCACGAUUCAUGCUCUGGUGAACUCCUUGGACCCAUCAGCUCAGGUUUUGCAGGAAAAACUUGAAAUGCUGAUUAAUGAGGCGCGUCUUGAUGAGGUGAACGACUGGAUGUUGGAACUUGUAGGCGAGUCUGACGUAGUGCAACGGCUAGAAGCUCAGAAGCUGGGCACACCUGCUGAUCUAAUUGCCACGCCGAGCGAUUUAAUCCUUGAAGCUGUGGGCAAUACAUGUAGCACGGCUUACCUGUCAAUAGAUGAGGUCAGCUCUUGGCAAACCCGGGCCAAAAAUUUGGUGGACAAACACCCCUGGCUGGCAGACUGGCGAACUCUGUAA